AGAGAAACACACACUACAUCAAAUUCAUCAAAAAAUAUGGGAUCAGAAACACCAACCAAGCUUCCUCUCAUUGAUUUCUCAAAGAUUUAUCUGAACGAAUCAACGCCAGAUGACUGGAAUUCAAUCAAAACCCAAGUUCAUGAAGCACUCACUGAGUAUGGUUUCUUCCGAGCAUCCAUGGCCGGAAUGUCGUCGGAGUUUCAGAGUUCAUUGUUCAGUUCAUUGGACCAGCUUUUCAGUCUCCCUUCAGAAACCAAACUCAAAAGCAUCUCCGAUAAACCCUUCCAUGGCUACAUCGGUCACUCUCCCACCAUGCCACUCUAUGAAAGCAUGGCCAUCCCUGAUGCUCAGGUGGCCGGAGAAGUUGAAGCCUUCACCAACUUCUUCUGGCCCCAUGGCAAUCCUGUAUUCAGUGAAAGUGUUAGGAAUAUCUCCGAUAAGUUAUAUUGGUUGGAUCGGAUGAUUAGGAAAAUGAUUAUGGAGAGUUUAGGGCUGGAAAAACACUCGGAUGAUCAUAUGGAUAACACGAAACACCUUCUUCGGGUAGCAAAAUAUCAAGGGCCCGACACAAAAGAAUCCAUCAUGGGACUUGUUUCACAUAUUGACAAGACAACACUAUCCAUUUUGUACCAAAACGAAGUUGCAGGGUUAGAGCUCGAGACCAAAGGUGGAGAAUGGAUCAGAGUUGAGCAGUCGAUAGAUUCUUUUACAGUUUUUGUGGGAGAGGUUUUCCAUGCUUGGUCGAAUGGUCUGCUACAUGCUCCGUAUCAUCGUGUGAUGAUGACGGGGAAUGAAGCCCGUUAUUCGCUUGGACUGUUUUCAGUCCCCAAGCCUGGCUAUAUAACAAAAAUCCCAGACGAAUUGGUGGAUGAAGAACACCCAUUAUUGUUCAACCCCUUCGACUAUGACGAGUUCCUUAAGCAUUUAUUCACGGGAAAGGUUGGUGCAAACGAAGAUGCUCUCGAUGCUUAUUGUGGCGUAAAAGAGUCCGAACUAACGACAUAUUCUAAAUCUGAAAAUAAGUAG